GAAACCCUACUCACAGUCCCUACACAGUACCCACGCAGUGACACACACUGUCUCUCUCUUCUACCUAAAGCUACUUCAUCAUUACUUCUUCUUCUUUAACGAUUCAGACACACACUCUCGAGUUGUUUCGUCUUCUUCUUGCUCCUCUUCUUCACUCUGUCUUUGAACCAGCAAAUUAAUCUCCUCUUUCUUCUUCAAAAUGGCAGCACCAUCAGUACCGCCGAUUGCCAAGACUUGGGUCUUGAAAGUCUCCAUUCACUGCGAAGGCUGCAAAAGGAAAGUCCAGAAAGUGCUUCAAACAGUUGCAGGAGUUUCUACUAUAAAUAUCGAGACCAAGCUGCAAAAAGUCACAGUAACCGGCAACGUAGAAGCGGGUACUCUGAUCCAGAAACUGAUCGAGUCCGGUAAACAUGCCGAGUUAUGGCCGGAACCGGCUGAGAAGAAAGAGAAGAAGCCAAGCAAACCGAAGAAGAAAGAGAAGCAGAUCGAUCCAGGAAAAUCCGCUCAAGAAGGUGGGCAUGGCGGCGCCGACGUAAACGAACAAGAGCUGAAAGGAGAACCAGCCCAAUUAGACCCCGCCAAAACUGACCAAACCAGUAAAAGCCCGUCUAAACCAAGCGAAGAUGGCAACGGUAGCGCCGCGAAACGUUCUGACGGCGGACCAGUGGCGAAGUCGAAGUCCGAGGAGAAGAAACCGGGGGCGUGUCCUCCGGGUAACUCCGCCGCGGCGCCGGCGACUAAUGGCGGUGCAGGGAAUAAUAAUAGUGGGGAUGAAGGUAAAAAGGAGAACAUGGAAGGGCAAAAGAGGGAAAUUAAGGGCGAAUCAUCAAGUGCGGUGCCACCUGGAACUGCAAGAUCGGAUAAUCAUGACGGUGGACCACCGCCAGCUAAUCUCAGCCAUCCACGUCAUCAGGAGCAUCAUGAUUUCCCUCCUCCUUACCAGGGUCCUCCACCUACUUACGCCGUAAAUUUAAGUUACAAUACAUCUCAUCCCGCUGGUAGCAGUACGACGUCGUACUUCUCCCCGCCGCAGAUGCAGUCGUACGGUUAUAUGUAUCCACAGGGCCCGGAAAUACGGUAUCCGCCGUCGGGUUUGGAGUCGUACGGUUAUAUGUAUUCACAGGGCCCGGAAAUACGGUAUCCGCCGUCGGAUUUGGAGUCGUACGGUUAUAUGUAUCCACAGGGCCCGGAAAUACGAUCCCCGCCGUUGGAUUCGUUCGAGAUGUUUAGUGAUGAGAACCCUAAUGGGUGCGCUAUUAUGUGACUGAACGGAAAUAGUGAGCUUAUACGGCUUGUAUAAGUAUAUAUGUUUGGUAAUAUUGUAAAAUUCUUGUUGUUAAAAGAGUUAUUUUAAAUGAAAAUGAAAAUAGUUU